AGAGUCAGCUGCUGUCAAAACACGCCGUUCUAUUUGUUUUCGACUGAUUUCUGCCUUCUGACACCGCCGAUUUUUGACAAAUUGCACCACUUUUCGAGAACAGUUUUGCAGACUUUUGUUCCUCCAAGGUUCACAAAGACUCCUAAGUGACAAUGAGCGCUGAUGAAGAGAAGGAUGUCAAGCCGGAGAAAAAGCUCAUCACAAUCAAAGCCAUGGCAAUGAGCGACCAGACUGUCAUUGUCUUUCAGACAAAACCUACAAAUACCUUCAAGAAGCUGAUGGAGGCUUACGCCAAAAGACUGAACCUGGAGCUGGAUUCCCUCAGAUUUCACUUUGACGGACUGAGAGUCCAUAAAACCAACACACCUGACGAAAUGGGAAUGACAGACGGAGAUGUACUUGAAGUCAACGUUUAUCAAGACGGUGGCCACCAACUUACUUUCUGCUCUUGUUGAAACAAGAAGUUCUCAUGGAUGUGAACAAAUGACUUUAAAAAACAGCAUAAUUGCCGGCAUUUAAAACCCGCAAAUCAGUUAAUUAGUUAAAAAAACAGUCUCGAGUGUAGUUUUAUGUUUUUAUAUAAAUCUGUGAGUAAAAUCUUAACCGCUCCGAAAUCGACAAAAUUUUGUUCUUUAGUGUGCGAUAGAUUACACGUUUAAUAACAUUUCAAUAUGUAUUCCUUUCUUACUUUGAGACAACUACAAAAAAGAGAUUGUAUGCUUUGAAUUUUGAAUAUGUGCAUUUAGCCAUUUUAGGUUUACCAAAAUUGAAGUCGAUCAUUGUACAGCAUCUUUUUUUAUAUAACUUUUCUGGAAUAUGAUGAAAUAAACCUAAAGUUUAUCUGUGAAAAUUAUGAUUU